CCAAAGCCCAAAAACAAAAAUCCGCUCCUUUCGCCGUUAAACCAUGAAUUUAUGCGCUCCUGGUCGAGCGUCUUCACCCUAUCUAGCGCCGCUUCAUGUUGCUCGUCCUACCAGGCCGAAUUUUUCUGAGAAUAUUGCUAUCGAGGGUCAUAAUCUUGACUUCUCGAUCACUACAAGGCAAGGGAAAUUGGUUCCAAUUCUCAAGGAUUGUUCCCUUCGGAUUCCUUCGGGGCAGUUGUGGAUGCUUCUUGGACCUAAUGGGUGUGGGAAAUCUACCCUUUUAAAGAUAUUGGCAGGUCUUUGGAACCCAACAAAUGGAACUGUACUUGUAAAGAGGCCCAAGAGUUAUGUAUUCCAGAAUCCAGACCAUCAGGUAGUGAUGCCCACUGUAGAAGCUGAUGUGGCAUUUGGCCUUGGUAGGUUGAACCUAACUGAUGAUGAGGUGAGAUUGAGGGUGUUAAAAUCGUUGGAUGCAGUUGGCAUGUCUGAGUAUCUGCAGAGGCCAGUUCAGACACUUAGUGGUGGUCAAAAACAAAGGGUAGCCAUUGCUGGUGCUUUAGCUGAAGCAUGCAAAGUAUUGCUGCUGGAUGAGCUAACAACAUUUUUAGAUGAAAGUGAUCAGAUUGGGGUGAUAAAGGCAGUUAAGAAUCUGUUGGAUAAAUCUAGAGAAGUCACAGCAUUGUGGGUCACCCAUCGUUUGGAAGAACUUGAGUAUGCAGAUGGCGCAGUAUACAUGGAAGAUGGGAGAGUGGUUAUGGAUGGUGAUGCAGCAAGCGUGACUAAUUUUAUCAAAGCCAAGCAAUCCUCUUACAUUGAUCAGAUAAAUUCUUGAACAAAGAUUUCUCUUUUUCAGCUUUUACAUGCUUUCCCUUUGCACAAUAACUACCUACAUAACAUUGUUCUCCACAAGUUUGCAAUGUAUCACCUUCCAUUUCCUUUGGCGAAGCAAUAUUUUCUGCCCUCCAUAACUAUUAUCCAAUAAGGAGCCUCAGCUGAAAUCACAAAUGGAAGUAGGAAGGAAGGUGGGAGAUGAUUUGUUUGGCUACUGUGGGUGAUUGGUUCUGUCCAAGACAUGCAUUUGGACACAGGCAUGGCCCAUGCUGAUUAACCAGGUUCAGCACUCUUCCGGACGAUCAAAAUGUGCUUUGAUGAAGUAUGUUAACAAAAACGAGUAGGGAUAAAUUCUUUCUGAAUAAGUAUAAAAUGCCCAAAAAGAGAUCAAUAUGUAUGCAAUAUCAUAAUUCUAUCAAGCUUGUGUAGAACUUUGAAUGAAAAUAGGAACCUUCUUCUAAGAAGAUCACUAGGGGAUUUAUUACUUUGG